AAUAUUUCUUAUAUCUAGUUAUCUAAUACGUACCUAGUAUUGAGUACCUAGUAGAUAUCGGAGCGACUAGCAACUAUUGGAGCAACGGGUAGACUUUGAGAACUAAACAUAUUCGACUUGAGGAAGGAAGACAAAACGUCAUCGUCGAAAAGAGUGCGAAAUCAGUACUUUGUCAAUGUGGUGGAUUCCCCCGGGUGAACAGGCGAAGUCAACAAACUACCGGAUCCCUUCCAAGGUUCUCAUUACGAAAUCCUGACGCGAAAUAAGACGAGGACGACUUCGACUUCGACUUUGAUUUCGGCUAUCCCUCUGACGUUACUGUAACAAAUAAGCGCUCGCGCAUACGGAAACAAACGUAGCGAUGGUCGCGUCAAUAGUCACGGGCUCCGGCUCACUCGUCUACGAACGUCGCAUAGCGCGCGUCCAUCGAUAUCACUGGCCUGCUAUUCAACUGAAUGUUUGGAUGCUCGUCAUGCUUGCUGCUUCAUGCUGCAUCAUAGGCGUCUUCGGAACAUUUAUCGGUGUUCAAAAUCAAUUAGACCUCUACAUACCAUGGUAUUUCCCAUACUUCAUUACCGUCGCCGCUUUGAUGAUCGUCUAUAUCGCGGCGCUUCUAUGGCUGAUAGCCCAACGACGACUCCUACCCUCUAUCGUCAUUCUCGGCUCCUUCAUGUUCUUCGUUCUUUGGAUGGUCGGCCUCAUAGUUGUCAGCAUAGAGCUAUGGGGACCCGUCGGAUCCGUGAGCUCGAACUGUAACCUCCUAGUCUGGAGUGAGUCGCCGAUAGGGAAUAAUCAAGCAACAUUGGCAUGGCUCGAGCAAAGGUCCAUAUGUCAAUCGUGGCAAGCGGCCUUCGCGUUUGCGCUGAUCGGAUGUAUAUUUUUAUUAUGGAUUAUCAUUAUGGCUGUACAAGUCUUCUAUGACGACGCCUAACUGCGUAUUUCACAUGACGUAUAUCUUAUGGCGAGGAGUAAUCAUACUUGUUUACCUACCAAGGUAUCCACCAAAAUUCUUCCGCGUGCGAAUGAUUUUAAG